AUGGUAGCUCCAAGCAACAACACAAAUGGCAGUGUUAGCUAUGCCACACAGAGAAAUCUUCUUGGUAAAGUAGCACUUGUCACUGGUGCCGGCCGCGGUAUUGGCGCUGGCAUUGCCCUCGAACUAGCCAAACGAGGUGCAUACGUGGCCAUCAACUACUCCUCCAGCGCAAGUUCUGCCAACCAAGUCAUUCAAUCCAUUGAGGCCUUGGGAUCCCGUGGCGCGGCUUUCAAGGCCGACAUCACCAAUGUCGACGAGAUCGAGGAUCUGUUUCGCAACGUGCAGGCACACUUCGGCCGCAUUGACAUUGUUGUUUCCAAUGCAGGCAAGGAAAAGUUCAAGCCCUUGAGCCAAACGACAUUGGAGGACUUCAACGAGAUAUUUGACCUCAACACACGUGCCCAGUUUUUCGUCACCAAAACUGCCCACAAGUAUAUUGAGCAGGGAGGGCGCGUGAUUCUCAUGUCAUCAAUUGCCGCCGGCGUUGCUGUCCCUGGCCACGCUCUGUAUGCAGGCAGCAAGUCAGCAGUUGAAGGCUUUACGCGCUGCUUUGCCGCUGACUUUGGCGAAAAACUUUGCACGGUGAACGCCAUUGCGCCAGCCGGCAUCAAGAGCGACAUGUGGCUGGCGAACGCUUGGCGAUACGCUCCAGGAUGCGACAAGAUGUCUUCUCUGGAGGAAAUCGAAUCCGCCUUGGCUAAUGGAAGCCCACUCAGAAGAUGCGGUGUUCCUGCUGAUAUUGGCCGAAUUGUUUCUUUUCUAGCCAGUCCAGAUGGCGAAUGGAUUAAUGGUCAAACAAUUCCAGUCAAUGGCGGUGCCAACAUUUAA